AUGAUAAGAUUAGUAUUAUUGGUUUCAAUGAUAAUGAUGAUGAUGAUGAUAGCAUCAUUAUCCGAUAUUGCUGCAGCAUACAAUGGUGUAUUGAUCGUUGAAGGAGGACAGAAAUUAAAUCUUACAACCUUGGAUGUUAAAACAGGUGAUGUAAACCAAUUACUAGUAUUCCCUCAAACUGGUGGUUUCGUACUACCACUCACCUACCAAGAUGAUGUACUUGCUUAUAUUACAUACCCAUAUCAACCCCAACUAAUUUAUUUAAAUACUCAAACUGGUACAAUCGAAAAAUCAUUUAAUUUACCGCCAGCAUCUUCAUAUGGAUUUAAUAUGAUUGAUGGUUCAUUAGACAAAUCAUUUUCAAUUAAAUCACCAACAUUUAUUGAUAAGAUUAAUGGUGUAAAUUUACAAAUGACAUUUGAUUUUACUACCAACCGUGCUAUUGUUUGGUUCAAUGCAUUUGGCUUGAAUGAUAAGCAACAACACGAACAAGAAGAAGAAGAAGAAGAAGAAAAUGUUAAUGGAGAAAUUAUUACCUGUAAAAUAACACAAGGAUGUAAUUAUCUAUUUGGUUUUGAUUUACGUAAACAACAAGUUAUCAGUAGUGUUGAUCUUGGAGUUGGAUUUUCAUACAAUCAAAUAAUCGAAUUUGGUACACUCUCUGGUGACUAUAUCAUUGGUGUUACUGCCAAGACAUCUUAUCAUCCACUCUCGGCCAUGCAAUUGGACAUUUCAAGUGGCAAAAUCACAUACACCCAACCUAGCUUUGGUCUCGACACUUACUACACCAACAUUGUUUCAGGAUUCCAAGAUGGCCUUGCUUUUGUCUUGGCUAUCAAUGCAUGGUCUGUCGGUGACCCAACUUAUUUCAUGGUUUAUGAUCUUGAAAGUAACCAAGUGCUCUCAAAUUCAUGUUUUGCAAACAACAUAGACCUUACGUCAAAUGUAUCCAUCUCUGCUGCAAUAUUGACUGGUAUCAAAUCCUAUCAUUCCAUUGGUCGUGCAAUCCAAAUUCCUAGGAGUGAGUUAUCCAUUAUCGUUAUUCGUCUUCCUAUCGUUUGUAUCAUCCCAAUUUAUAAUAAUAAUAAAUAUAAUAAAUAUAUAUUAUUAUUUCAUCCUCUCUAUUUAAAUACCAACAACCAUUCAAUUUCAUCUUCAACAACAAUUACAUUAUUCAUUAAAUUCAAAAUUAGACAUUGUUAUAUGCAAUCAAAUAAUAAUAAUUCAAAAAUGAUGGUAAAAGAAAUGAUUAAAGAACAAGCCAAAGUAUUACAAAAGGAAUGGGACAGUAAUCCAAGAUGGAGUGGAGUCCAAAGAGACUAUACUGCCGAAGAUGUUAUCCGUCUCAGAGGUAGUUGUCACGAAGAGUAUAGUGUAGCCAAGAGAAACAGUCAACGUCUUUGGACAAUGAUGAAUGACAAGACUAGCUUUGUUCCAGCUUUGGGUGCUCUCACUGGAAACCAAGCCAUUCAAAUGGUUCGUGGUGGAUUAAAGGCUAUCUACUUGUCUGGUUGGCAAGUGGCUGCUGAUAAUAACACCUCGGGUCAAAUGUAUCCAGAUCAAUCUCUCUAUGCAGUAAACUCUGUUCCAGAGUUGGUUCGUCGUAUCAACAAUAGUCUUCGUCGUCGUGAUCAAAUCGAAUGGGCUGAAGGUAACCUUGAAAACUCUUAUCUCGACACUCCCAUCGUCGCCGAUGCCGAAGCUGGUUUUGGUGGUCCUCUCAAUGCUUUUGAAUUAAUGAAAGCAAUGAUUGAAGCUGGUGCUGCUGGUGUUCAUUGGGAAGAUCAAUUAGCUUCAGAAAAGAAAUGUGGACAUAUGGGAGGAAAAGUAUGUGUACCAACAAGUCAACAUAUUAGAACAUUGAAUUCAGCUCGUUUGGCAUCAGAUGUAAUGGGAGUACCAACAUUGAUUGUUGCAAGAACCGAUUCAUUGGGUGCCAGUUUGUUGACAUCGGAUGUUGAUGAACGUGACAAGAAGCAUUUGAAUGGCAAACGUACUGUUGAAGGUUACUAUGAAGUCAAUAAGGGAAUUCAAGUUGCCAUCGACCGUGCACUUGCCUAUGCUCCCUAUGCCGAUGUUCUCUGGAUGGAAACUUCCACCCCAUCGAUCGAAUUGGCCAAAAAGUUUGCCGAUGCUAUCCAUGCAAAGUACCCCAACAAGUUGUUGGCCUACAACUGCUCACCAUCAUUCCAUUGGAAGCAACAUCUCUCAACCGAGCAGAUUGCCACCUUCCAACAACAACUCUCUGCCAUGGGCUACAAGUUCCAAUUCAUCACAUUGGCCGGUUUCCAUGCAUUGAAUCUUGCCAUGUUUGAAUUGGCUCGUGAAUACAGUGCCAAGGGAAUGCCAGCCUAUGUAUCUCUCCAAGAACGUGAAUUUGAUUUGGAAAAGGUUGGAUACACUGCCACUCGUCAUCAACGUGAAGUUGGUACCGGCUACUUUGACUCGGUCACUCAAGUUGUCUCUGGUGGUAAAUCCUCCACCCUCGCUCUUGUCGGUUCAACCGAACAAGAACAAUUUGAUGAACACAUUGAAAAAAAGAAACAAGAACAUAAUUUAUCAAAACAAAAAGGUGCUUCUUCUGCUCAAGUCUAG